AUAUUGGGUUGGCUUGACAUGUUUCUUCAUAAGGGAUGGUAUCGAAAUUGAAUGGAAUAGCUCACUGCUAACUGUUAUAUAGUUUACUUAUGUCGGGUUCUCUUUCUUUCCAACUGUUUUAUUUCUUCCAUGUCAAACUGAAUUGAAUUGAGUUUUAUGUUAAUGUGAUGUCUGGAUCCUCGAUACUAUAUAAUUAUGUUCCCCAUUCAUCUGUACUGAUUCAGCUAGGAAGAGAAGAAAUUGAUGACAUCGUUGCAGAGAUUGGAGAAAUUGAGUUUUAAAUAUUGAUUGUUUAAUUUGCAUUUUAUAUAUAGACGGAUUGCAUUUUAGUAGAACGUGAGACCCACUUUUUUAUAUUGAUUUUAUAAUAAAAUGUGAGUGAAAUGAAUUAGUAGAAUGUGAGACUUAUGAAAAAUAAAGCAGGAUAAUUAUUAUGGGACGAAUCUAAAUAGAAAAGAGUAAUAAUUAUUAAGGGACGAACAAGUAAUUAACAAAUAGAAUAUAGAGGGGAUAUUUUCGCACGGAAACGAGUGAUUUCAGCUCAUUCGAAUGAGACAAAGAGGGGGUAUUUUCGUACGGAAACAGUGAUGUGGAAAUGCGUAGGGGUAUUUUCGUACAUCCACAUAAAUAUUCAUCUCUUUCUGUCAUGGCGGUGAGACUGCUGCACGUAUACACUGAGAAGAGCACCGUGAUCAAUAAAUGGGAAAUUACAAUCGACAAAUGUAAUCAACUCAACAGCUUAAGAAAUUGAUCAAACGGAAGAGGCGACGAUGUUGAGUUGGUUCAGAAAAGGCAAGAAUGAGAGCGGAGUUACCAGCAAGGAUUUGCCGCCGGAAGAUGACUGCUGCCCCAUUUGCUUCAAUGAAUUCCACGUUCCAUGCCGGACUAACUGCGGCCACUGGUGGAUGCCUUCUUGGGAUUUUGAGAUCCGUUGUGAAUUACUACCACCUUUGCAAGUGCCCUGUCUGUGAAUCCUUGAUAUAUAAACUUGUUCCCCUUUUACCUGCACUGGUUCAGCCAGGAAGAGAAGAAGAAGCUAGUGAGAUCCUCGGGGAGAUCGAGCAAUUUAAUACUGAAGACGAGCAUAGAAGACAAUUUGGUGAGCUCAAUGAGCUCCUCAGAGAGAGGAAGAAAAAUCGUGAAGACUCGAUUGUAUUUCGCAUCUUCAUGAAAUAUGGAGAUCUGAUCGAGGGUGUGACAAAAGCUCUAGUUUGUCUAUUAUGGUUUAGUUUUGUGCUGAAGCAAUUUGUCAACAUAAUAACUGACUUCCGCUUGUGGCCAAAUGAAGGGAUGGCAUUCCGACUGUGUCAAACGCUGAGAUGUGCUAUUGUUGUACUUGGUUUGAUUUGGAUGUUUAGGCGACAUAUAUGGGGAUAGAAUUCGAUGCAUUUGGCUGAAUAGAAUGGAGAUCGACAAUGGAUUCUGUUGCAGGAAAAUGUGUUUUUUGUGAACAUUCAAAUGCUUGCUGUGGAUAGAGUGAUUUUCUGUCUUUCUUGUCCAACAGCAACUCAUCAUUUGGAGCUUUUCUUAAUUGAGUUCAUCAAUAUAUCAAAUGCAAUAGACUUAUCUUCUCUA